UACCUAACUAAUAUUUUUGUUUUCUUCCAUAGAGUUAAUUGAAUAAAAUAAAUAUGCAAACCAUCAAAUGCGUUGUUGUGGGAGAUGGAGCUGUUGGUAAAACCUGUUUGCUUAUUUCAUACACAACAAAUAAAUUUCCAUCAGAAUAUGUGCCAACGGUCUUUGAUAAUUAUGCCGUCACUGUAAUGAUUGGUGGAGAACCAUAUACAUUGGGAUUAUUUGAUACAGCAGGUCAGGAAGAUUAUGACAGACUAAGGCCACUCAGUUACCCUCAAACUGAUGUAUUCUUGGUGUGCUUUUCAGUUGUUGCCCCAUCCUCAUUUGAAAAUAUUAAAGAAAAGUGGGUUCCUGAAAUAACACAUCACUGUCCAAAAACACCAUUCCUACUUGUCGGUACACAAGUUGACUUGCGCGACGAUGUUGGAACAAUCGAGAAAUUAUCCAAAAAUAAGCAAAAACCCAUCGCUCAUGAAAUGGGAGAAAAACUCGCUAGAGAAUUAAAGGCUGUAAAAUAUGUUGAAUGCUCUGCUUUAACACAGAAAGGCUUGAAAAAUGUUUUCGAUGAGGCUAUCUUGGCUGCUUUGGAACCACCAUCUGAAAAGAAGAAACGAGGAAAUUGCGAAUUGCUAUAACAAUCUUAAAGGACUGAAGAACGUGUUUGAUGAGGCUAUUCUGGCUGCUUUAGAACCCCCUGAACCCAAAAGAAGAAAGAAGUGUAAUAUUUUGUGAUUUCAAAGCCACGCACUUACGUAAUAACUUUUGCAAGUUAACCUCCUUUUCAAGUCACAGCGCCAACGGGUACGGUGCACUUGAGCAAUCGUAUUAUUUGCUUGGUGAAGCAGACCUUUUUGUACAUAAUUCCACUUUGGGCUGCUUGCAUAGUGAUGAACCUAUUUUUACAGAACUAACUUUGUGCAACAUCUGUUUUCAUGGGAUCACUUACUUCACUGUUGCAGUAGCCAGGCUUCCACUGGAUAUAUAUAUUUACUUGUAAAAUUGCAUGAAUAAUUAGUGUAAUCUUCAGUACUACAUUCUACAAGGCUUUUUUAUAGGCCAAGAAUAACCCUUGUCAGUCCUCAAUAUGCAUAAUAUAUUUCAGAGUCUGCUAUUGCCAGAUUGGUCUUGAUUCUAUCUGUUAAAGUACUGAUAGGAAAAGUUAUUUCUAAAUCGCAUAUUUUUCUCAUUUUCAAUAAAAUUGGUUUUUAAGUACCAUUAUUAUUUAAACAGAUUAAAAAGUGUUACUCUGUUAA